UCAGCUUGUCUGCUCUGCCCACUAAAUUCUUCUGGGGGGGCCUCAGGAAGGGCGGCUGCUGAGCUGGGGCUAUGGGUUAUGCAGGUUUCUCAGUGCCCCUCCCUCACAGAAGGCUGGAGAAGGAAGGGUUUCACUUUCGAAAGAUGAGAUGGCUAAGCACAAAGGCCCUGUUUGGUCACUGCUAUCAGACUAGCCUGGCGGUGCUUGGUGCUACAGUAACCAACUUCACGGGCAUCUGGGGUGUAGGGACCUCUGGGAAGACUGAGAGCCUGGAAGCCCAACAGUGGUUGGUAAGGAACCAUCCAUGGUGUGGUUUCAGAGUCCGCUGGUUUGGAGCAGAAAGGAGAAUUACAGCAUCAGCUGGGAGCUACAAAUGCCCAUAGGCGUCCCAGUUGCUGCUGGAACCCUGGCCCUCCUUGCUCUCCUGGCUUUGGCCUAUCAUUGUCUCAAAGAGGCCAGAAGAGGGCCAGCUGGGAAUCCUCUCUUCAGAGUCCCAUGCCCCUCAGUUGCCUUCUCCAAUGUCCCCCUGAAGGCCCUAAUGGCACCAGGACUGCUCCUCAGCUUUGAUAUGAAGAGGAGCCCUCCCCGUUGCUUCAGAGCAGGCUGUGGUAUCCGCCAAGCACCCUGCAUUCACAUGGAUGGAGAGGCUCCGAUGCCGCCUGGGCUGCCCCCUGGAGCUCUGCUGGAGGCCUCACAAGACUACAAACUCAUGUUUACUGGGGUCCACCAGACAGGUAGCCCUGCUGGGAGGCCAGGGAUUAAUCUGUUCUGUAUAGUGGGGGCCUGUUAUUUCCCCGCCCACCAGCUGGCCACAAAGCCAUUUUCAGACUUUGCUAGAGCAGAACAGGCCCAGGGAGAAGACAGGAGAAAUAGAGGCCCUGGGAUGGAGGGUCUUUAUAUUGCUCAGUCACGAGUCACUGGCGACUGCCAGCCAUGCCACCCCUAGCCCACCACCCUCACUUUUUCUUUGGGCCAGAGUUAGUGUCUCUCAGCAACAGCGAUCAAUCACAUGGUAAAAUCGGUGCCUCAAGCACAGAGCCUGGAAAGGGCCUGGAAUGUUGCAGGGCGAUGACGAGAAGGCACUCUCCCUCCACAUACCUGGGCCUUCCCAGUUGGUCAGGUUAGGGAAGUUCUCUCGUUGCCGCAGAGCUUCCAGGCCACCCAUGUCAGGUGGAUGGCAGUGCCUGCGCAUGACCAUCACCCGCUGGCCCUGGGUGAUGGCACGGCUACGACAGCCCAUGCGCGCCUGGUCUCGGCAAGUCCAGUACACUUUAUCUCCAGUUGCUUUCUCCCGCCUAUAGAGGAAGGACUCAUACACCAGGAAGCUGCCCCCAAGAGGGGUCUUCAGGAACUCUGGCCCCUCUGUAAAGAAACCAGGGAAGCAAUCAGGGAAGGGGCAUGGAAGCUGAACCUGACAUUAGGAGGGGAGGGCUGGGGAAUGUUCCUAGUUUUGUAGCCAAGAACACCAUCCAUGUUGGAGAGACCCUACCACCCACUUCAUGCCUCCCCCUGCUCACAGUAAGAUAGCCCUGUGUCCGCAAACCCCACUGUGCCCUCAGGGGCCAGGGUCUACCCAUCCCAAGGCUGGAGACUGGCCAGGCCAAGCCCUGCAGGUAAAGGCUCCAGCAUGAUAGUGUCGGAGGGAGCAGGGUGUUUGUUUGCUCACUAAAUUAGGUGCCCUCCAGGCCAGCGGCAGGUACUCCAUAGUCUGAAGAGUGAGUUGGGGGUCAAAGCAGCUCCGAACUAAAGAGGGGGUUUUAGUCAUGAGCCCAAGGGCUGUAUAUGUGUGUUAGCUGGGCUUAAGCUUGAGCUGUGGAGGUAAGAGGAACCUGAAAGACAGCCUGGCCUUACCUAGAGGACCCUCGUUCCCCACUACCUCCCGUGAUCACCGUGACCAGGCACAAGGGCUGUUGUGGUUUCAACAGAAUUGGCCCCCAUAGCCUCACAGAUUUGAAUGCUUGGUCACCAGGGAGUGGCACUGUCAGGAUUGGGAGGGAGUAUAUCACUGGGGGGAGGGGCUUUUCUUUUGAAGUUUUAGAAGUCAAAGCCAGGCCUAGUGACUUUCUCUCUUCCUGCUGCCUACAGAUGUAGAUGGAGAACUCUCAAGUACUUCUCCAGCCUGUGUAUUGCCAUGGUCCCCACUGUGAUGAUAAUGAACUAAAUCUCUGAAACUGUAAGCAAAUCCCAAUUAAACGUGUUCUUUUA